UCGCGAAUAAUAUCCGCACCGGUUCGCAUUGAUGCGAUUAUUACGACGAUCAGUCAGUCAGACGGACGUACAGCGAUGGCCGAUUUCGCUUCGGUUAUGCAAAAAGUGGACAAGCCGCCGCCGCCGACGGCCGACGCCCAGUUGAUGGGCCUCCAACAGGACGACCUGAGGCUGUACAAGGCCCGGUGGAUAAUCCUGGUCGUGUACAUGCUGUACUCCAUGGCCAACGCCGUGCACUGGAUACAGUACAGCAUCAUAUCCAACAUCACGGUGAAGUUCUACGGCGUGUCAAACUUCGCCAUAGACACCACGUCCACCAUAUACAUGAUCGUGUACGUGCCCCUGGUCGUACCGGCGUCCUGGGUUCUUGACCGACUGGGUCUUAAAGUGACGAUGGUGAUGGGCGCUGCUGGCACAUGUCUGGGCGCAUGGAUUAAGGUUUUUUCUGCUAUGCCGGAUCGGUUUAUGAUUACUCUGCUGGGACAAGGUUUGGUGGCGUGCUCACAAGCAUUCAUCUUGAGUUUGCCUUCCAGGUUAGCAGCGGUUUGGUUUGGAUCUACCGAAGUCUCCACCGCUUGUUCUUUAGGUGUUUUUGGCAACCAGCUAGGAGCAGCACUUGGAUUUUUAAUACCACCGAUGAUAGUACAGGACAGCGAUAACUUAGAAGACAUAGGAUAUGAUUUAUGGAAAAUGUUUAUAUCGUUUGCUAUUUUGAACACUGUAGUAUUCUUUUUAGUUAUUUGGAUUAUACAAGCUGAACCACACAUAGCCCCAAGUAAUGCCCAAGUUGUACAAAGAAAAAAAAGAGACGAUCCGGCAAUAUUACAAGACGUAUUCAUGAGCUCGGUUAAAGAAUUACUAAAAAACAAUGGUUACAUUUUAUUGCUUAUAUCUUACGGUAUUAACGUCGGUGCAUUUUUCGCCAUAUCAACUUUGCUCAACCAAUUUAUUUUGCUCUAUUUCCCAGGUCACGAGGAAGACGUUGGAAGGAUUGGCCUCACGUUAGUAUUAUGUGGCCUAGGUGGUUCGAUUAUAUGUGGAUAUAUUUUAGAUAAAACACAUCUCUAUAAAGAGACUACCCUGAUGGUUUACGGCAGUACAUUGAUCUCAAUGUUGAUCUAUACGUUCAGCCUGUCACACGGUCAAUCUAUUUGGAUAAUAUACAUUACGGCUUCAUUAUUGGGGUUGUUCAUGACUGGAUAUCUUCCGGUCGGCUACGAGUUAGCCAUCGAAUUAACGUACCCAAUCCCUGAAGGCACGUCCAGCGGUCUAUUAAACGGUGGUACCCAACUGAUCGGUUUCAUACUGACGUCGAUUUACAGCUGGGUGUUCAGCACCAUGGGUGAUUUGGCGGCCAACAUGAUGAUCGUCGGAUUGCUGAGUUUCGGGUUCUUGUUGACAAUAUUCAUACCGACUGACCUGAAGAGACAGGCCGCACACAAGGCGAUCGACGAGAAACAAAAAUUGGAAUUUGGACUUUGAUUAGUAUAUAGCAUUUUAUUACAAUCUUCGUCGUAUCUUAUAUUGUUACCACGUGAUUCAUUUAUUGAUGUAUUCAAUUUUUGUUUUAAUUCGUCUUGAUAACAUUUCAUUAUCAUACUACUGUGUACAUAAUAUAAUAUAUAUUAUUAUUAAGAGUUUAUGACUAAACAUAAUAUGCAUACGGCAAUAUACAAACGCAACCACGGUCACGGACAAUCAUUUCGGUUUCCUGUACCGAAUGCAUAAAAUUCAGAUAMUAUUAUAAUACUGUAGUGCACUAAUGUUGGUAUAAUGUAUAUACACAUAGAUAGAUAUAUUUUAGACAGAGCUGGUGUCCACUGUAUAGACAUCGUUUCGUUUUCGAAUGCACCCAUCUUUCCUUUCACUCUGCAUCGUCCGACAUGAGACAUGACAACACGAUACGAUUAUAAUAAUUAAUAAUAUUACAUAAUAUCACUCUAUAUGUUUGUACGGCCUCUGAAUAUAAAUUCCAAAAUUACUGAAAUUCCUCGAAUUGUUAACUAUUUAAUCUUCAGACAGGUUUUCGAUACCCCGAUCAGUGGGUAAAAGAUUUUAUGUAAACUGCAAUAAUUAAAUAUGUUUUUCAAAUAAAAUAAUACUGGCUAGAAUAUUACAGGUUUACUCGUCCAAUUGUCUUUAACACGACAUUAAUUAUAUUCUAUGGUGAGUUAAUGUGGGAUUUUUGUCUUUAUCAAAAAAUUUUAAGCGUAUAUUUAUUCCAUACUCUUUCAGUUAUACUAAAUCUCCCUGCAAGAUACAAUAAUGAUAAUUUAUAAGCAAUAAAAUAUUAUGUUUUAUGUAUGUUUAAUAUUUAAUUACAUAUAUGCAUAUACCCGGUAAUUCAUAGAACAAAAUACGGAUGUACCUAACCUAUCUUCGUUUGUUUCAAAAAACCACUGCUUUAAAGUUUAAAAUGUUACUAAGCUUACCCAUUUUUUUAUGUGAUUAGUUUAUCAUAAUAUAUUGUAUCAAAAUAAAUAAAAUAUAUAGUUUUAUACCUAAUAAUAUAAUAGUAGCUAAUUUGGGCGUACCUAAUUAAU